UUCUUCUGCGAGCUCUUGCGGAGAACCGUGGUGGGCGAGCUCAGGCGGGACCAUGCUGACUCGGCUGAAAGCAAAAUCAGAGGGGACGCUUGCAAAACAGAUUUGCAGAGUGGUGUUGGAUCAGUUUGACAAACAGUAUUCCAAAGAGCUUGGGGAUUCCUGGAAUACAGUAAGAGAUGUUCUAAUAUCUCCAUCACUGUGGCAAUACGCCAUCCUCUUGAACCGAUUCAAUUAUCCCUUUGAGCUGGAAAAGGACUUACGUUUGCGGGGCUAUCACACAAUCCUUCAAGGGUCCUUACCGUAUUAUCCUAAGUCAAUGAAGUGUUACCUCAGCCGAACUCCAGACCGAAUGCCGUCAGAGCGACAUCAGACUGGAAACUUGAAAAAGUACUACCUCCUCAACGCUGCCUCUCUUCUCCCAGUGCUGGCUCUGGAACUGAAUGAUGGGGAGACAGUUCUGGACCUGUGCGCUGCUCCUGGAGGCAAAUCAGUAGCUCUGCUCCAGUGUGCUUACCCAGGUUAUCUUCUUUGUAACGAAUAUGAUGGCCUGAGAGUGAGAUGGCUGAGACAGACAUUGGAAUCUUUCAUCCCACAGUCUUUGACAAAUGUAAUUAAAGUGUCUGAAUUGGAUGGCAGAGAAAUGGGAGAUGCCCAGCCUGAAACGUUUGACAAGGUCUUAGUUGAUGCUCCGUGUUCAAAUGAUCGAAGCUGGCUGUUCUCGUCUGACUCUCAGAAGGCUGCCUGUAGGAUCCGUCAAAGGAACAAUUUGCCUGUCCUACAGGUAGACCUCUUAAGGUCUGCAAUUAAAGCCUUACGGCCUGGAGGGCUCCUUGUGUACUCUACAUGCACACUUUCCAAGGCUGAAAAUCAGGAUGUGAUCAGUGAGAUCUUGACCUCCAGCAGUACCGUCGUGCCUGUGGAUAUUAGUGGAAUCGCAAGGACUUGCUCUCAAGACUUCACGUUUGCCCCCACUGACCAGAAAUGCAGUCUUUUGGUGAUUCCUGAAAAGGGCAAAGCUUGGGGCCCAAUGUUUAUAGCCAAGCUGAAAAAAAAACAGGAGUACAGGAAAAUGGCGGUGUGAUUUUGUAAGCCAUGUUGCUAUGUUACUGUAUGCAUAUUAUUUGAGCUCACUACAUGUUAGGACUUCAAUAAUUACAGAGCUACUUUCCCUAGGACCAUUUGGAAUCCUGUGUAGUUAGUUCUU